AUGACAGUGUCCGGCAGCUCCUUUGUGGCAUCUCUGCCCCACUAUCCCUCUUCGUCUCUGUCAUUCUCUCUUCGUUCGAUAUUGAUCCUCGCCUCCAUAAUCCUUUACAUCCUUCAUAAUACCUUCCCUGAAAUCUCAAUACCUGGCAGCAGCUCGCCAACACCAUCGAGUCGUCCGUCCGAAACAUACACCAGCACAGCGAAUGGUCGACCGGCUGUUGACAGCUCAAGGCCAAGAAAAACGCCCACACGAUUUGGAGAACCCAUACGGUCGAGUCAUGCUGCAUAUUCGUCGUCUUUCUAUGAUCGACAACAGCAGCAGCAGCAGCAACAGCAGCGUCACAGUCACCGAACCCGUCACAGGUCCCCUCUGGAUCAGUUGUAUGCCGAUUUUAACGACUUCACUGCUGCAUCUGAGCACCAAUCUCAACGAAACACAGCCUUCUCGGAUUCGGGCUCGACCUGUGCAGGAUAUUAUUGUAUCGAGACUCAGACAUGCGUGAGCGAGCCGAUCCAUUGCCCCUGCCCCUCAGUGAUAGACACCAAAUGCUGGCGAGGCGAUUGGCAAAGAGCUUUGGAAUAUGCCGUGCUGGGCGCACACGAGUAG